AGUGUCAAACACAUGUGUAUUUUCUACCGAAAUGUAAAAGAUUUAUCGUAGAUUAAUAUUAUUUAAAAAAAGGUAAACAUUACUUAAAAUAAUCGUUCUAGAACAUGGCAUUACCAAAUAAAAUAGGUUUUGAUGAAAUGAAUACUGAAAAUUCAACUUAUGAAGAUUUAACAAAAUAUUUACAAGAUGAAUUUAAGCUAAAAUGUGAUGAAACCGGCCAAUAUUCAUACCCAUCACUUUCAGAUCAAACAAUUAUAAAAAUCAUUGAAAUAAUCAAUGAAUUAAAAACAAACGUGGAUAAACAAAUUAAAAUUUCGGAUUCUUUACCAUUAUUACGACAAAUUUAUCUCACAUUACGAAACAGUGUAGCAAUACAUAAAUCUGUUCAGAAAAAAAUUUCAAUUAAUAACGAAAUUUUAGAUCUAACAAACUUUUUAAUUACUGCUCUAAGCUCAAAUGAGACUUACAUUAACUGUUUAAUUGUUAUUUUACAAUUUCUUGGAAAUUUAGUCACACAAAAUGAACAACAAUUACAAGUUAUAAUUUGGGAUAAGUUUAAUGAAAUUUUACUAUUAUUAUUUCAUUCAACACCAAAUCGAAUCCCUUCAAUUGUUGGAAUGAUUUUGUAUAACAUAUUUUUACAAAAUAAACAAUUAAUUCCAGAUGAUAUAAAAUUUAUUAAGAAUGCAAUUAUUUUGUAUGAAAGUGAAAGUGAUUAUGGUGAAUUAUUACUAGAAUUAUUAUUACAAACAAAUAUUCUUAUUAGAUAUUACUCAGAAUUAGAAGUUACACAAAGAUUUGUUUUGUUAGAAUUGAUUAAAGGUACAAUGUUUGAUGAUGAGUCAACAUUGAUAACCAAUGAAUUGAUGAUGUUCAUUUCAACAGAAUUUAAAAAGAAAUCGGAUUGUAUUUUAAAAACAGUUACCGAUUAUGUGAAUAAAAUUGAACCACAAGAGGUCGUUUGUCUGUUGGAUAUUAUUGCGAGUGCAUCAUGUUUAAAUAAAUAUAGUUCCUGUUUGAUUCAAGAUAAAAGUUUACUCAUCAAUUGUGUGUUUCUAUUAAAAAGUAUACACAGUGUUGGCAAAGAAGGAAAUAAUCAUUUUUCUGCAAUCCAAAAGCUAUCUGAAUUAACUCUAAACGAAAAAAUUGAACCAACAAUAAAAGAUCAUCCUGGGUUUGGAUUUAAAGCAGCGUUAAUUCGUGUAGUAGGGAAUUUAUGUUGGAAAAAUACAGAAAAUCAAAAUUUAGUACGUGAAUUGGAAGGUAUUCAACUUUUAUUGGAUUGUUGUAACAUAGAUGCUAGAAAUCCAUUUAUAAUUCAAUGGGUUAUAUUUGCAGUACGAAAUUUAUGUGAAGGAAAUCCUGACAACCAAAAGUUAAUUGCAGGAAUGACAAAAGCAAAAACUGUCGAUUCAGAAACUCUUCAAAAAAUGGGAAUUGUCUUAAACGAUGAUAGUGCAAAUAAAAUAGGCAUUAUUCCUAUGGAUUUAAAAAAAUAAAUUUUAUUUUUUGUUCGUUUUACCUUUUAUUUCAUACACGACUAUUCAUCAUUAUGAAAACAUAAAAGCAGUUCAGGUGAGUGCUAUCCCUACAAUCCACAUCAUCAUUUUUUCAACUAAGUCUUAUUGAAUUUUCGUCAAAAAAUCUAAAUUUCGGACAUAAUGUCAAAAACUAUUCAAGUGUAAUAAUACUAAAUCCAUUUUAUACUUAUUUAUGACAUAGUGCUGUUUGAUCAAGAUAAAAGAUAUUUGUAAUUUUUUUCUCUUAUUGUUGAUUUUGACUCCUCUUUGGUUUCGGACCGCCGCGCAGUCUCCAAUCUGCGUACAAUAGUAUAAAUUUUCCGGAUUUAAAUGGAUAAGUUUACAUUCGGAUCAAAAGAACUAUUUUUUAAACCUAAAUAUAUUUUUUUGCAAAUUAAAGUUUUUGUAUAUCAUAGGGAUGAAUAAUCUGCAAAAAGAUUUCAAUUUUGAUAGGCGAGCAAUAUAUCGUUCAAAAAUUUCCGGUCAUUUUUUAAAAUAAAAAUAAUUUUAUAAUGUUUGAUAA